AUUCUGCAUAGCAAGAGUCUCAGACGUAUCACAAUGGCGCAACGGAGUCAUCUGUUCCAGGCUCUCCUAAUUGUCUAUGGUUUCGCUAACGUUGUCAGAGCAGCCACAACUCCCACAGCAACCGCAGGCCCUAAGUGCGUGAAUGCUUUUCCGCGGAGGUCGUUGUGCAAGUUCGUAGAUAGCUUGACGUCCCACGUGAUCCCCACUCUCGAUGGCACCAAGCACCUCACCAUCGGCGCCUACCAAAUAUACCAGAAAUUCCACCGCGACCUGCCGGCGACGAAGCAGUACGCGUACGGCACGAGCCAGAAGAGCGCGUCUUACCCCGGCCCCACGAUCGUGGCGCGGGUGGGCGUGGAUACGACGGUGACGUGGGAGAACCACCUGCUGGACAACACGCACAUGUUCACCGUCGACCCGACCCUCAUCAUGGGCUACAAGUUCCCCAAAAAGGGCAUUCCUAUCGUGGUGCACCGCCACGGAGGCAGCCAGCAGAGCUACUACGACGGCCAUCCCCUCGCGUGGUUCACCCAGUACGGCGAGAAAGGCCCUACGUACUAUUCCAACGACUAUAAGUACGUCAACGACGAAGCCUCUACCGUCUGGUACCACGACCACAUGGCCGGGAUCACCCGCCUUAAUGUCGCCGCCGGCAUGGCAGGCUUAUACCUUAUAACGGAUCCCAAGGUGGAGUCCAAGUUCACCUGGCUGCCGCCUGCCAGCCGUACGGUUCCGCUCGCGAUCGCGGAUCGGCUGUUCUUCGCGAACGGGUCGAUCAACUACCCGAACGUGGGGAUCGUUCCAUGGGUGCACCCCAACUGGAUCCCCGAGUACAUCGGCGACACUAACAUGGUCAACGGCGUGGUCUGGCCGUACCUCAAGGUUCGCCCGGCGCUCUACCGUUUCAAGGUGCUGGGCGCGUCGAGCGCGCGCUUUUACGAGCUCAAGUUCGUUUGCGCGCAGCGCGCUGAUUACCCCAACUUCGUGCCGCCUCUCUCGGGGAAGGUUCUCGACAUUAUCGAGAUUGCUAGCGACGGUGGUUACCACGCCAAGCCCGUGUACAUAAAAUCGCUGCUCCUCACCCCCGGUGCGCGGCACGACAUUCUUGUGGAUUUCUCCAACCUGCCCUCGACCUGCACUGACGUCAUUCUCCAAAACUCCGCUCCGGCGCCUUAUCCGGCGGGUGUCGCCGCUGAUUGGGACACUGGGCUCGUCAUGCGCUUCGUGGUCACCAAUCGCGAGCGCUUCCCCGCUCCUAAAAUCCCUAGCCAGAUUUCGUACAUUCCGCGGAUCAACUUCAGGGACAUCCAGCGGGUUCGCUGGCACAGCCUCGUCGAGAUAAUGGACCCCAAGACCAACGUCCCCAUCCGCGUCACCAUCGACAAGCUGGGGUUCUCCGACCCCGUCAGGGACUUCCCGAAGCAGGGCUCCAACGAGCUCUGGCACAUCAUCAACCUCUCCGCCGACGCGCACCCGUUUCACAUCCAUUUGAUCGACCACCGUCCGAUCGCGCGGCGCGCGUUUGACGUGGCCGCGUUCCAGGCUGGCAGGUGCUCGUUCCGGAAAUCCGCCAGCAAGCCCGCGUGCUGGACGAGCCCUAGAAUUCCCGUGGAUCCAACUGAGAGGGGGUGGAAGGACACGACGCCCGCGUAUCCGGGCCAGGUGCUCACGCUGUGGGCUGGGUGGAAGGAUAAUGACGGCAGGCCGCUGCCAUUUGACGCGUCAGUGGGGCCGGGGUACGUGUACCACUGCCACAUGCUGGACCACGAGGAUAAUGAUAUGAUGCGGCCGUUCAAGGUGGUGAAGUAAGCUGCAGUGAGCGGUUGCUGGUUGCUAGAUUUAACUGUGGGCUUGUCAGAUAGCUGACAAUGAUUGUUGCCCCGCAAGUAGUACUUUGAGAAGCAUAGUUGCUUCUGCUCGGCGAUAGGAAUUAGUAGUGCUGACGGACAUUGACUGACGGGCAAAGUUACCUGACGGGCUGACUGGCAGCUGCUGCUGACCGUUUUCUGUAGUGUAAUUUGCGGCAUUGCUGCCAUUAUGAGCGGAACAUCGCGGAGUG